GUCUCACUAGGAAGGUGCUUCUACUGCUCUCAAGGUCUCUCUAAACAGGCGGCAAGGAGUUCAGUGAGUCUCGACAGUUGACAGGACGGAUCGACAUUGGACGCAUCUACGAUAGAGGAGUAACGCCAAAAUGGGGCAGCAAGGCUCGCAACUCCUCUCGGAGAUUGAGCAGAACUCAAAUUUCUCGGGACCGGAGAUUCAGCGACUAAAGAAGAGGUUUAUGAAGCUCGAUCGAGAUGGGAGUGGAUCGAUUUCAAAGGACGAAUUUCUCCAGAUCCCGGCCAUUGCCAACAACCCACUGGCGCUGAGAAUGAUUGCCAUUUUCGACGAGGACGGAGGUGGUACGGUCGACUUUCAGGAAUUUGUAGCUGGUCUGAGUGCAUUCAGCAACCAAGGAAGCAGAGAGGAGAAGCUCAAGUUCGCUUUCAAGGUCUACGACAUGGACCGCGACGGCAUGAUCUCAAAUGGAGAGCUCUUUCUCGUUCUCAAGAUGAUGGUGGGAAAUAACCUCAAGGAUCAGCAGCUGCAGCAGAUUGUGGACAAGACUAUCAUGGAGGCCGACAAGGAUGGUGAUGGCAAGCUCGACUUCGAAGAGUUCAAGGAGAUGAUCGGCAACACCGACAUCGCAAGGCAGCUGACACUUGAGGACCUCUUUUGAUGACGAAUGUAGCUCUACUCUCACGACCAGACCACCAAGAAGAAUGAAAAAGCAACGAACUGGACAUGUCUAUUACUACUACUACAAUGUUGGUCUUUUGCCGCUGCUAAAGCGCAACGCUGCAAGCGGCUUCACAAGAG